AUGGAUAUCCACAGAUGUCGUUUCGUGGAUUACACGCCUCAUACAGUGACGGCGUUGGCCUUCUCUCAUUCUAGUGAUCCUACUUCUAUGUCGCCAAACGGCUUGCGGCUUGCAGUGGGAAGAUCCAAUGGAGACAUUGAAAUCUGGAAUCCCAGAUACAACUGGACACAUGAGCUCACGCUACCGGGCGCGAAGGGCCGUGCUAUUGAAGGACUAGUGUGGUCACAUGCCUCAGGCGAGAAUCCUCGUCUCUUCUCCAUCGGAGGAUCCACUUUUAUCACCGAGUGGGACCUUAAUACCCAGAGACCAAAAACGAACUACGACUGUAAUGCCGGUGUUGUAUGGUGUGUGGAUGCUAAUGCUGCUGGCGAUAAAUUGGCCGUUGGCUGUGAUGAUGGCAGUGUUGUUAUUGUGGAUCUUUCAGGUGGAAGCGGAGUCAUGGAGCAUGAUAUCGUGUGUCAAAGACAAGACCAGAGAGUUUUGGGUAUUAAGUGGUACGGCAACGACAGCUUGAUUGGAGGCUGUGCAGAUGGAAAGGUUCGUUGUUGGGCGGCCACGGGAGAAAUGCGUGGAAGAAUUAUGUCGACCAUGAAGGUCGAUAAGCUGAAGACGGAAUCCACUUUAGUUUGGUCCAUUGUCACAUUGCCAGAGCAGAAGCAGUUCGUCACUGGAGACUCCACGGGAGCCGUCAAGUUUUGGGAUGCUGAAACAUUCACCAUGUUGCAGGGAUUCACAGCACACGAAGCCGAUGUGUUGACUCUCGCAAAAGAUGCUUUUGGAGGAAAGGUUUACUCGGCAGGUAUCGACAGAAAAAUCCACCAGUACUCCUGGUUGCAGAAUAUCAAGAAGAAGUCUUCCAAGUGGAUUCACAGUUACAACCGUCUCUUGCACCUGAACGAUGUUCGUUCGCUUGCAUCAUAUGGGUGCAAAUCAUACAAUUUCUUGGUCAGUGGAGGAGUGGAGAGAUCUAUUAUCGUUCAGUCGGCGGAGAACUUUGCUAGUGGUCGCUAUAAGAAGAUCUUGAUGGACCAACAGAUCUCCAAUAUCUCUGUGUGUGCGGAUUCUAAGUUGGUUGCAUUGUUUCAGGACCAGGUGGUGAAGAUCUGGAGAAUCGUAGAGGACGAACUCAAACACAAGUUGGUGGCCAAGCUCACAUUGUCUGACGAGGACAACAUCACUUCCAUCAGCAUUGGUGACUCUUCCGAUGGUGUUUCGUAUUUGGCUGUGUCGACUAUCAACUCCGUCAAGGUUUUUGCAUUAACUGAGAGUGGCCGCAAGCUCCAGGUGAAGAAAAUCAGAGAUCCGGCCUUUGAUGAGAUAUCCAGUGGUGCUAAGAAUGUUUGGAUCUACGACUACGAUAGUCUCUUGGUCCAUACUGCUGAAGACGAGCUCUACAAAUAUACCAUUGGUGAGACGAUUGAGUUGGAAGACGAAGUGUCCACUGUUGCAGAGCCGGCUAAUGAAUUAAAGGCUGGCUUCGAAUUUGCUAAUUCCAUUAAGCAGGUUGUUUUGUCUCCAGACUUUUCCAAGGUCAUUGUGGGAAGAUUUAACAACACCAUUGAAGUCUUACCAUUGAAUGGAGACGAAGAGGGCCAUGUUUUGACCAAACUUUCUAGUCCAAUCCACUUUAUGGAUGCCACAGACAACGAUACAGUUGUCGUGCUCACGGAGGAUAACAAGUUGUAUGAGUUUCUCACGGAGAGCAACUCGACCAAGUUACUUAGUGAGUGGUCCCAAAAGAAUAGUGAGGUAAUGCCCUUGUCCUUCUUGAAGUUAGAGGACAAGCCACAGGGAAUGUUCGUCGAUAAGGCCAAGGUAUGGGUUUACGGAAGCCGGUGGCUCGCUUUCUUCGACUUGGACCUUAAUUUCGACGUCCCAAAGCUGUAUUCGUCUAAGACUCGUAAGAGAGCCAGAGACGGCUUGAGCAUCAAAGAAGACGCAUCGAAGGACGAUACAUUGAGAGAGAUUCUGACGGCAAAAGAGCACGACGAAGAAGAAGACGAAUACGUAAACAAGCCCAAUGUGAAGCCUUUCUGGAUGACGGAAAAGUACCGUCCUAUUCUCAAAGUGCAUGGAUGGGGUGAGAACGAGAUCACGGUGGUGGAGAGAGAGGCUUUUGCCUUGCCUACCACGUCAGCAUUUGAGGCUCCUCUCUUGAGAAUCUGA